GAUGCAGCUCUCAAUGAGGACAGCUUCACGCGUUCAGUAGCGCUCAAGGAAAAAUGGCCUCGUCCUUCUGGAAAAGUGUUGUCGGUGUCGGUCUGUUUGCAUUGGCACAUGCGGCUUUUUCAGCGGCACAGCACCGUUCAUACAUGAGACUGACUGAGAAAGAGAAUGAAAUGUUACCUAUAGAUAUUGUGUUACAGACGUUAUUAUCGUUUGUGGUCACGUGUUAUGGAAUAGUUCACAUUUCAGGCGAGUUCAGAGACAUGGAUGCUUCAUCAGAGCUCAAAAACAAGACUUUUGACACAUUGAGAAAUCACCCAUCUUUCUACUUAUUCAAUCAUCGAGGAAGAGUACUCUUCCGCCCUCCAGAGGAGGAGUCCUCCACUCCAGAUCCCCAAGCUUUGCCCUCCAACCCCCUGCGUUUACGCAAGCUGGAGAAUUUUCACUGAAACUGGCCUUGAAAGGGCUGCCUUGCCUGUUUUUUUUUUUCUUACAUUUAUUUGUUAGCUCCUCCGUUGGACAUGGAAAAUAAGAUAUUUCCUGUCUUUAUGAAUAUGCUGUACAAACAUGCAUUUCUUUCAUGUGGUUAUGCUUUUUGUCAAUGGACUGUGCCAACUCCUUUUCCAGCUGAUAUGUUUGUAAAUACUUGUUAUUGCUUGGGAGUCUUAAGUCUGUAGGUUACACCUGUAGCCCUCCAGUUGGCUCACAAAAAGAGGGCUUUGUCCUUCUUUUGCACCGAGGGCACAAAUCCUAUCAUGUACAAUGUUGUCUUGCAACAUUUUGGCUCAACAUUUGACCAUACUGGCAACGGGUUCUUCCCUGUACCCUUCGGAAAGAGGUUAAAAUUAUGGACCAUUAAUUGUAACGGUGUUCAGAACCAAUACCUAUGACUACUGAACUUCAAAUUUGAGCUUGUUGGGCAAAGAACCUUGAAAAUGAUUAAAACAUGUCUGAACAAGGGCAUGAUAGAUGACGUAGAUUAAUAGCAAUUCUAACAAUACUGUGAACACUCAGUGGGGAUGAAUGGUACAUUUUUUAGCGGGAGACGCUAUGUUUGUUUAGACACAACUCCUUAUUUUUACCUUAAUAAAUUCUGACAUUUUAUUGAUGAAUUUGUAACUUGA